ACAAUUGCAGAAGAGCUUGGCAUGGUUUUUGUCGCAUUAGAUCCAUAUGCUUAUCAAGAUCUUGAGUUUUUAGGGGACUAUACCUGCAUCCCGGAAUCUGAGUCACCUGAUGUACUAGCAAUAGAGUUGCAAAAAAAAAAAGAGCCAUUAGUAACUGAGAAAAAUAAGAAGAUACAUAUAGAGUGGUGUAAGAGGAUGGAGAAUUGGAAGGAAGAAUGGGAUAGGGUAGUUUUCAGCAAUGAGUCAAAAUAUCUAAUAUUUAAAAAUGAUGCUCAUAAGCUCGUCUGGAGGAGGUGUGAUGAAAA